AUGGUUGAUAUUGUGACUUAUGGUAUAAUGGUUGAUGUUCUCUGUAAGGCUGGGAGAGUUGAUGAAGCUAUUGGAAUUGUGAGGACAAUGGAUUCCAAUGGUUGCAAACCGACUUCGUUUAUUUACAGUGUUUUGGUUCACACAUAUGGGGUGGAGAACAGGAUUGAAGAUGCUGUGGAUGCCUUUAUGGAAAUGGAAAGCAAGGGUGUUGAAGCAGAUGUGGUUGUGUAUAAUGCUUUGAUUGGUGCUUUCAUUAAGGUGGACAGGUUCAAGAAUGCUUAUAGGGUGUUAAAUGACAUGGAUUCAAAAGGGAUAAUGCCUAAUUCAAGGACUUGUAAUGUGAUGUUAAAUGGCUUGAUUGGCAGAGGGAAGACAGAGGAGGCAUUUAAGGUGUUUCGGAGGAUGGUUAAGGUAUGCCAGGCGGAUUCAGACACUUACACGAUGAUGAUAAAGAUAUGCUGA